UCUUCUUCGCCAUCUCUCUAAAACAAUCAUCUUUCUUCUCCCCCAAACCUCAGGUGCGGCAAGAACGGCGCGCGCGGCGGCGUCGCCCUCCUCUCCUUCUCACUUCUCUCAUCCAGAUCCGCUGGUGGGGGAACAGGGGGCAGCCUGCUCCGGCUACGAAGGUCAAGAGGCCGGCGCGCCGCCCCUCCUCCGGCAGCGAGUUUCCCGGCCAGGACCCGCCGCUGAAUCCACCUGCAGCCUCCCACCCCCUCCUCUCUGGUUCCCAGAGGAUAGAGCCAACGGUGGGCGGCGCGGCAGAUCGAGAUGGGAAGGACAGAGGGCGGCGGCAGCUGCGAUCCGCCUUCGCUAGCUCACCAAGAAGCUCGAUUGGAAGGGAGCUCGCUCGGCAUGCCAUCAGAAGUCGUCAGCGUGACGACGGGGGUGCUGAACCCGCUCAUCGGCAAGCUCACCAAGCUGCUCAGCAGCGACGAGUGCAAGAAACUCUCCUUGGUGAGGGAGCAGGCCUCGUUUCUCAAGGAUGAGCUCAGCGCCAUCAAACCUCUCCUUGACAAGAUGGAGCUGACGGACAAGAUCGACGCCUCGGCCAGAAACUGGAGGGACCGUGUCAGGGAGAUGUCCUACAACAUGGAGAACUGCGUUGACCACUUCAUGCAUAGCACUGACGGUGCCGCCGAUGCAGAGACCGGCUUCGUCGAGAACAUCUUGGAGCUGAAGGUUCUCUCGGCAGAGGCAAGCGCGAGGAUGCGCGAGAUGCACAACCUGCUUGAUGAUGAUGGCAUCAGCAAUUCUAGUCAUGCUCAUGUGGUUGUGGUGGAUUCCUCCCCAAUCUCGGCGAUCUACAACAAGGACCUCGUGGGACUCGAUGGCCCGAGAGAAGAGCUUGUUGGUUGGUUGACGGACCCGCAACCAAAACUCAAGGUGGUUUCCAUCGUGGGGUCCGCAGGUUCGGGCAAAACCACGCUUGCCAUGCAGGUGUAUGACGAGAUUGAGGCUCAGUUUGAUCGCACCACGUUUGUUUCCGCCUCUCGAAGACCUGAUGUUGAAAGCCUUCUCGGUGGCCUACUUCUCAAUCUUGGGACGUUAGAGUUUCCUCGUACUCUCGAGCUGCACGAAAUCAUCGACCGCCUAAGAGAAGACCUCAAAGAUAAGAGGUACUUAAUUUUAAUUGAUGACCUAUGGGAUCAAUCAGCAUGGAAUAUAAUGAGAUGUGCCUUUCCUGAAAAUCGCAAUGGAAGUAGAAUGAUUGUAACCACACGAUUGGAUGAUGUAGCUGUCAAUGCAUGUCACAAUGACCAUGCCUGCAUUUACAUAAUGAAGCACCUUGAAGAGCAAGACUCAAGAAGAUUAUUUUUUAACAGAGUAUUUGGAUCUAAUAAUGUCUGCCCACCACAGUUUCAAUAUAUUUCAGCUGAAAUUCUCAAGAAGUGUGGUGGAUUGCCUCUUGCAAUUAUCACCAUAGCUGGCAUAUUAGCUAGCACUGAGGCAAGAUCCUUAAAUGAAUGGGAGAGCAUAAAGAAUGUUCUUGGUGCCAUGUCUGCUACAAAACCCACUUUGGAAGAGAUGAUGGGUAUAUUAAACCUUAGCUACAUGCAUCUUCCAGUUUAUCUCCGGCCAUGUCUUUUGUACCUUGCCAUGUAUCCAGAAGACCGUGAGAUCUGGAGAGAUGACUUGGUUAAGCAAUGGAUAGCUGAAGGCUUUAUUUGCAGUAUGUCUGGUGUAGAUUUGUACGAUGUGGCAGAAAGUUAUUUCAAUGAUCUUAUCAAUAGAAGUCUGAUUCAGCCCGAAAUAACAGAAUAUGGGGAGGUACUUUCUUGCAGAUUACAUGGCAUGGUGCUUGAUUUGAUCCUAAGCAAGUGUAUCGAAGAUAAUUUUAUAAGUGUAGCACAUAACUAUGAUGACAUGGAAAGAUUGAAUACUUUCGAGCACAAGAUUCGUCGAUUAUCCCUGAAAUCAUGUGCAGAAUCAGAGACCGUUUCUACUAGCAUGUCACAAGUUAGAUCAUGUGCGCUGUUCGGCCUGUCGAGGUACACACCUCCUCUUUCAGACUUUAAAUACCUCCAAAUGCUUAUGUUCAAUUUUCCAUUUGGAUGGGAGUGGGAUGCAGCAGUUGACCUCACAGCUAUUGCCCAUUUGUUUCUACUGAGGUAUUUGAAGGUUUUAGCACUAUCAGCACGCGUAGCGCUCCCUACUGAAAUUAAAGGGCUUGUGCAUUUGGAAACUCUGGAGUUAGAUUGCCAUCUCACGAAAAGCUUUCCAUCAGAUAUAACUCACUUGGUCAACUUGUUGCAUUUGAUACUUCCAGACGAUGCAAUGCUACCUAAAGGGAUCCAGAACAUGAAAUCGGUCCGCACCCUGCAUUGUUCUGUUAUGUCAGAGGGUUCACUAGAGGAUAUCAAAGGCCUUAGCGAGCUGACCAAUCUGAAGGAAUUGGAAUUAAGCACGCCUUACGGCCAGUGCUUGACAGUUGAGGGUGUCGACACUUUGAUUUCCUCUAUUGGAUUGGUUCAAGACCUCAAGCAUCUGAUGCUUGAUUGCGUUAUUGAAUGUGAUGGCUAUGAGAGGCUGUCAGACUCAUUAUCUGAUCCUCCUCCAUGUCUCGAGUACCUCGAUCUGGAGACAUGGAAGUUCAGUAGAGUCCCCAGAUGGAUUGGUGAGCUAAGUCACCUCCGUUUCCUCCAUUUGUUUGUCUUGCACCUGUCGAAUGAUGAGCUUUGUGUUCUUGGAGAGCUUCCCUCCCUCAUGUCUGCAAUGUUACACGUGUCAGAAGUAUGCGAAAAUAAGGUUGUGGUUGGCACUGGAUUAUUCCCGGUUCUUGAGGUCUUUUGGUUCCGGUCCAAUGAAGAUGUCAAUGCGUACCUUAGCUUUGAGGCAGGAGCUAUGCCCAAUCUACAGAAGCUUGAACUGGGAUUCGGCUGGAAAGAGUGGAGAGGUGCUACACCGGUUGGCAUGGAGUGUCUACCUUGCCUCCGGGACAUCCAUGUGUGGCUCCGUGACACCAUCCUCGAGUCAAGCAAACAUGAGAAAGAAGUACGCGCUGAUGUCGAGUCUGCUUUCAAGUGCACCGUACGUCGGUAUCCAAAACGUCCCUCCGUUACAGUUGAUUAGUCCUCUGUGCAUUCUAUCGAUCUGCCUCUCCUCUGUAAGUUAAUUAAUUGCCCUGCAAACCUUGCUGUUUUAGUUUAUUUGGUGUUGCUAUCGUUUCCAUUGUGUAUUUGAUCUCUUGAGCAUUGUAAACAUAUAUUUUAUGUCUGUUUAAUAAUCAAUAUCUUUGUGUAGCAUAAGCUUUUCACAAAUGAUCUCAGUAGAGUUUUAGUUAGUGACGUGUUUAAUUAUGGCGGAACCGUAUAGAGGUGUCUGCGACGAAUGUGCUUGAUUGGAAGUGGAUGGCAUAUGUAUUCUGGGUUCAAGAUUGGUUGAUACUUUCCUAGUUAUCCUUUACAAUCUGGGUAUAUAAAUGGUUUUGUCUCCGGUUUAUUUACAGAAAUCUUCUGAGUGGACAGAUUGUGUCAAACUCGAUCAGUCCUUUUUGAUAGGCUAGCUCUGAUGCUGAGGUUUUGUUU